GUUGGGUAGUUAUUAGAUGCAAAAAAUUUGACCUUUAUAUGAAAGACUGAAAACUGACACACAAUACAAAAUCGACUGCUUUGUCUCUCUUUGUAUUCCAUUUUUCAUUUCAAUCACUUUUCUCUUCUCUCUCUCUCUCUCUCUCUCUCUCUCUCUCUCUCUCUCUCUCUCUCUCUCUCUCUCUCUCUCUCUAUAAAACCACCCACUCCGUAGUCCACACUUUUUUCUCACACACACUCUGUUUCACUGUACUAAUUCAUCAUCAAAACCCAAAUGGACAAAACCCAAACUAAUUCAUGGAGACCCGACCCAUUUCACACCACAAUCUUCCGUCCACCAGAAACACCACGUGAACCAAUGGAGUUCCUCUCUCGUUCAUGGAGUCUAUCAGCUCAAGAAAUCUCCAAAGCUCUUUCCUCUUCUUCUUCACCAUCUUCUUCAAAACCACUUAAUCAAACCACAAUACAAGAACACCUCACCGGUGAAACAACAGAAGACCCACCUUCCUUAAACCCAUUUUCUUUUGCUUCUUCAGAAACUUCUCAGAUGAUAAUGGAACGCAUCAUGUCACAAUCUGAGGAUGUUUCUGUUUCUCCAAGAACCUCAGGGAGACUCUCUCAUAGUAGUGGUCCUUUAACCGAUAGUUCUCCUGUUUCACCAUCUGAAAUCAUCGACGAUAUCAAGUAUGGCCGUGCCAACCACGGCAGCUUGAGCAUAAAUGGUUAUUUAAGACCUCCGAGCGGCGGCAAGACGGUUGGGAGGUGGUUGAAGGAUAGAAGGGAGAAGAAGAAAGAAGAAGCCAGGACCCAUAAUGCCGAGCUUCAUGCCGCGGUUUCCGUGGCUGCUGUUGCGGCCGCUGUUGCUGCUAUCGCUGCAGCCACCGCGGCAUCAUCCGGGUCUGGAAAAGAUGAGCAGGCGGUGAAGACUGAUUCGGCUGUGGCGUCUGCGGCCACGUUGGUGGCAGCUCAAUGUGUUGAAGCUGCUGAGGCUUUGGGGGCAGAAAGGGAACAUCUUACCGCGGUGGUUAGCUCUGCCGUGAAUGUUAGUUCUGCUGGUGAUAUCAUGACUUUAACGGCUGCUGCUGCAACAGCUUUGCGUGGUGCUGCAACAUUGAAAGCGAGGACAUUGAAGGAAGUUUGGAAUAUUGCUGCAGUGAUUCCUGUGGAGAGAAAUUUGGGGCAUUCCGGUGGAAAUGGUAACGGGGGUUCGAAUAAUACUUUCAGUGGUGAGCUUGUUCCCGAAGAGAAUUUCUUGGAUAUCUGUAACAGAGAAUUGCUAGCUAGAGGUUGCGAGCUUCUCAAGCGCACGCGCAAAGGUGAUCUUCACUGGAAAGUUGUAUCUGUAUAUAUAAACAGGAUGAAUCAAGUUACUCUUAAAAUGAAGAGUAGGCACGUUGCUGGGACCAUAACAAAAAAGAAAAAGAAUGUGGUGAUUGAAUUGAUCAGAGAUAUGCCUGCUUGGCCGGGACGUCACUUGCUUGAAGGAGGUGAGAAUCGUCGCUACUUUGGAUUGAAAACACAAACGCGCGGCGUCGUUGAAUUCGAGUGCAUGAAUCAAAGAGAACAUGAUGUGUGGACUCAAGGUAUCUCUAAUCUUUUAUCCAUUGCAGCCGAGAAGAACAACAGAAAUAGGUUUUAAGGUUAAGGAGAAGAAUUUUUUGCAAUGGGAAGACAUUUAAGGAUCAAUGGUGCCCUUAGCAUUAUAGAUCUUUUUGAUACAUGGUGGGGUUUAUCGUUGUAAAAAGGGGGUGUAAGCUAAAAACUAAAGGCAAAAGUUAUGCCAAUUGGGGUUACUUUAAUCUUGGAAAACAUGCAUUGGGGGGUAUUUAGAUGUAUUUUUUGAACUUAAGUGCACCCAAUGUGAACCAUAGUUGUUAUAUUCUUUUCAUCACAUUGUUAUGGAAAGAAAAUGAGUAUCUUGGACUAAGGAAAUGGGUCAAAAAAGAAUGGAGAAAGAAUCAUAUUAGAGGGAAAGUAUAAUCUUAAGACAAAAAUUCUCUUAUCCUAUAUGUGUUGUUUGUACAUAUGGGUUUUGAACCUUAUAACAAAAGUGGUCAAAAGUCUUGAUUUUUAUGUGAUUAAUACUAUAAAAAAUUAUGGGCUUUUGGCUCCUGGUUUGGAUCUA